AUGAGUCUCAGCGGAAUAUUGGAAUGGGCGCGGCUACCAGACACCGAUGUAGCCGAGUCGAAUAUAUGGAUCAACGAAGACAUCAGGCCUUUGCCUCCAAGCCGUAGAAGAUGGACGAUGUGGACUUUCAUCUCGUUCUGGUUGACUAACCAGGUGGCAAUCUCCAACUGGCAACUAGGAGCGUCUCUCGUCGCUGCUGGACUCUCUGUCUGGCAGAGCGUGAUUGCCAUUAUCAUUGGCAAAGUCAUCAUUGCGGUCGUUGCAAUCUUCAACGGACAUGUAGGUGCACGUUGGCACAUUGGAUUUCCAGUUGUCUCCCGAUACAUCUGGGGUGUGUACGGGCAGUACAUUAUCCUGAUACAGAGAAUCAUCCUCAGCUUGGUAUGGUUUGCUGUUCAGUCGUGGACCGGAGGCUUGACAGUGGUUAACUGCCUCUCAGCAAUCUUCCCUUCAUUCGAAUCAAUGGGCAACGGUUUCUCCGCCUCUUCGCACCUGACCACCAAAAACUUCAUUGGCUGGAUCAUCUUCAACGUUCUCCUCAUCCCCAUUCUGUACAUCCGCCCUGAGAAGAUCCAGAGACUGCUUCUUGCUUUCAAUAUCAUCUCCUCGGUUACCCUGAUAUCCAUCAUGAUAUGGGCAUUGGCGACAGCUGGCGAAGCAGGGUCUCUGGUCCGUCAGGGAUCAAAAUCAAUGUCCUCAAGCGAACUUGGUUGGCAGAUUGUGCACGGCAUCACCACGGUCAUCGGCAGCAUCGCUGUGGGUUUGACGAACCAGCCGGACUACUGUCGCUUUGCUCGGAGGCCCGGAGACCAGGUCUUCGGACAGUGGUUCAGCAUCAUCUUCUUUGGGGCCAUCUUCCCUACCUUUGGCUGCUUGGCUGCUUCGGCUACUGGCGCCAUCUACGGCGAACCGAUCUGGAACCCGCCCUUGAUCGUCCAAGAAUGGCUUGAUUCAAACUACAACGCCAAAAGCCGUGCUGGCGCCUUUUUCGCCGGUCUCGGUCUCCUCUGCUGCCAACUAAGCAUCAACGCUAUUGAUAACGCUUUCUCGGCUGGCAUGGAUCUGUCUGGCCUGUUCUGCCGAUACAUCAACAUCAGGCGCGGAGCUUACAUCGGCCUCGUGCUGAGUAUCGCGCUUUGCCCAUGGGAACUUCUGUCGUCGGCAGCCGUUUUCAUCAGUGUUCUCUCUGCUUACAGCGUCUUCCUUGGUCCGAUUAUCGGCAUCCAGAUCUGCGAUUACUUUAUCAUCCGGCGACGCCGAAUCAAGUUGUCAGAUCUCUACCACCCACGCUCAGAUGGCUCUUUCUACUAUUACAAGGGGUUCAACCCCAGGACUUUCGUUGCUUGGGUCUGCGGUUUUGCGACACAGCUCCCUGGUUUUGCCGCCAGCGUUACCCCGAAUAGCAUCAAGAUUGCCGAGGGUUGGAUCAAUCUUUACUAUCUGGCAUUUCCUCUAGGCUUUACUAUAUCGUUCUUGCUACACCUCGCCAUCAACACCUUAUGGCCCCCCCCAGAAGCUGGCGCCAUUGACGACGUGGACUACUACGCAACUUUCACUGAUGAAGAAGCAAGGAAGCUGGGAGUGCUCGCGCUUGAUACAGAGAUCAUUGAGAGCUCGCACAAGGGUAUGGAAGAUGAUAGUCCGGAGCGAGGUCGUCGAACAUGGGUGAGUUCAACGCCGAAGUAG